UCAGUUCGCCAUUAGCAGCCACAGACAAAACACGCCAGCAGGACGAUUUUUGGCUAAAAAAAACAUCAUUUCCAAGGAUUUUGGGAACUCAAAGCCGCGGUAGAUCCCUUAAAUCUCGGUGGAUACAGUCAAAGUUGUAAGAGUAUUGCAAAAGUUGCUUAAUUUACCAUAAUUUGCCCCAUAAAGAAGAAUUUUUAUUCCCCAUUCAGAGAAAGUGAAAUAACAAAAGUUCCUAAAAAUGAAUUGAGGAGGAAAAAAGGUAUGCCAAUGGAGCCCUAUUGGGGCCCAGGGCAAUGUUGGUAAAACCGCAAGUUCACGCAGGAGUUGCUAAAGCAUUUUGUGUGGAAAAGUAAUGUAAAAAAAAUGUAGGUGAAAGGACACAAAAGUAGUUAGAAAGAUGUGUUUUGCAAGAAGAAAAAAAGUUCUGUGACAAAAGUCGCGUUUAUGCUCUUUUUGCCAUUCACGCGUGAGCAGUUUUCACGGCAAAAAUCCAAUUUCUAGUCUCAUAGUUGUCGUCCCAAAUAGAUGCGUGAUAUGCAGGUAAAGAAAUCAGUGGCGGAGGUGGAAAAUGAAACCCCAAAAAACCAUAAGAAAAACUGAGACAUGGACAGUGACGAGGAAUCCCAGCAGGGUUCACCGGUAUCCAAUAGUCCAUCAUCCCCGCAGGAGAAUGCCUCAAACAGCGAUGGGAGUGACACAUCAGACUCCGAUUCCAAUGAUUCCGCACCCAAUGACAAUUCCAAAACAACCCCUAAUGCCAUUUCACGCGAACACUCAUCAUCACGCAGUUCCGAUUCAUCCAAUGAAUCCUUUCGGCUUGCAUCACCCGAAAUGCCCGGUGAGGCAUCACACGAUGCUUCACAGGAUGCCUCAAGGGACGCCCAUGAACCGGAAGAACGCGCUGAAACACCGGCUGAGGUAAAUCACGGGGAGGAUCACCACGAUGAGCUGGAGGAGGAUGAGAAGCACGACGGUGAAGAUGGGGAGCACAAGGAGGAGAAGGAGCCCGUGGAGGAGAAGAAGACCUUUGAUUUGGCACAUGAAGAUCUGAGUGAUGUGAGUGAUGUGGACAGUGGAUCAUCCCUCAGUGGGAAUAAUUUGCAACUCUCACCACCGCCUAAAGAGGAUGAGGAUGACGUUGAGAUGAUGAAGGUGACGGAUUUGCGUGAGAAGCUGAAUGCUCGGAAGAAGGUGGAAGAGCAUAAGGAUGAAUUUGGGGCCACAAAUGGUGGGACAGGACGUCUGGGGGAGGAAAAGCGCACGGAUGAGGAUGCAUUGGACUUUGAGGCGGAGGAUGGGGAGUGUGCUGACGAUGGGAAGGAUGUUGUGCACACAAAGAAGGAUGAUGAGGAUGAGGGGAAGGUGAAGGAGCGUGAGGAGGAGCUGGAAGAGGGUGAGGUGACUGAUGAUGACGAUAGACGUCCCGAAGAGACCGAACCGAAGCCUGUGUGUCGCUUCUACGCGCGUGGGCAGUGUACAUGGGGGGUAAGCUGCCGUUUCUUGCAUCCCGGUGUCACGGACAAGGGGAACUACACGAUGUUCGAUAUGGUACGCCCCAUUGCUGGUGGACAACCCCCGGGGCUACUUCCGGGUCCCUAUGAGCGCUAUGAUCGUCCAAAGCCGCACAUUCCACCGGUACACCAUGCCAUGGGCAUACCGGCAAUACUGCCACGUCCAUCACCGCUGGCUGACCCACCGGGUGGUGGGGAGAGCCCGUGGGAGAGGGGAUUGCGUACGGCAAAGGAGAUGCUGCGAAAGGCAAAUAAGCGCAAAGAGCAAGAUUUGGAUUUUGAGGAUAAAAAGAUGAAUCUGUCCACGGGGCAGGAUGAUCUCGAUCGGGAGUACUACAGUGUGGACAAGGGCUCCCCGGAGCUAUCUCCGCCGGCGUAUCCACGUGCUGCUGCUGCUGCUGAGCGUUUCAGUCCACCCCCAGUGGCGCCGAAGUAUCCUCCGCGGCAGAAGCACUACAUGGAGGAGGAUGCCUUUGGGCGGACACAGCGCUAUCGGGAGCUACCGCCGCACCGGAUGCCGCAGUAUGAGGAUGAGCGGCGUGUCCGCCCCGUGCGUGAGGUGAUUGUGCAGCGUUCGGAGCCGGUGCGCGAUGAUGAGUGGAAUGAUCCGUGGAUGCGAUCUAAGUCACCAGCAGGACGUGGGGAGCGCCCACGCGAUGGGGGGCAUCAUCGUGAUCGGAGUUUCAGCAGCAAAAGCUACAGCAGUAGUAGUUCGUCGCAGUCGGAAAGUAGUUCCGAUAGUAGCCGCUCGAAAUCUCCUCCCAUGUACAGGAAGAAGGAGAAGAAGGCACGUUCGGGGCGCACCAGCAAGGGCAGGGAUUCCCGGAAGGUCUUCCGGAGAUCCCAAAGCCCCGAAAAACGUUACUCUUACGGUCGGGGUAGUGUUGGACGUGCCCAUUCGCCUGUUGUGUCGUCGAAUAAGCGAGCCUUGGAGCGUAUUAGUGCGUCGCAGCAUCCACUAAAGCGCAGGAAGGUGUCCUCGCCCAAAGAGACACGGAAGUUCGAUCGAAAGCCCCCAAGACGCUCAAAGUCAUCGUCAAGUGGAUCAUCGGAUUCAUCGGCAUCCGACAGCGAAUCCUCCGGAUCAAGUUCAUCUGAUAGUUCUGGGCGUUCGGGUGGGCGCAAAAGGGGAGCUCCAGGUCACCGGGAAACACCAUCAAAUCGUCAUAAAACAACUGCAGAGCGUCCAGCUAAGCCGACAGUUGAGACAAAGGAACCUCCAGCACCGGUUACAGCGAAGAAGACAACACGUCGUGAAGAACUACUGAAGCAACUCAAAGCCGUGGAGGAUGCUAUUGCAAGGAAACGCUCCAAGAUUUCAUCCUAAGAAAUUCAUGCGGAAAAUUCUCUAAAUCAUCUCGAUUGUGAAAAAAAAGUAAAAAAAAAAAUGUAUUCUAAUAUUAAAGAAAAUUUUAGAAACAAUAAAAAUGAUAAAAUGACGAUUUUA